GCAGUGCAGUGCUGUAAUACACGUUACCGGUUGGUUUUAUCUCAAUCUCAUCACCUUCACCUAAAUUUAAAACCUUGUUGAUAGCUAGCACUAUACUACUCCUUUCUAGUUGGUCAACUCCAUGGAUUUCAAAUUUUUUGACUUAAUAGUCCUUGCAUCCUUUUUCCUCUUCAUACUUGUUGCACUGAAAAUAGGGAAGAAUCUCAAGGAAAAAAGGUCAGCUCCAAAGCUACCACCAGGACCAUGGAAGUUACCUAUUAUAGGAAGCAUACAUCAUUUAGUUACUUCUACACCACAUCGAAAAUUAAGAGACUUGGCGAAAAUUUAUGGACCCUUGAUGCACCUACAACUUGGAGAGAUCUCUGCAAUUGUUGUUUCAUCGCCAGAGUAUGCUAGGGAGGUACUUAAAACCCAUGAUGUAAUAUUUGCAUCUAGGCCUAAACUUCUAACUAUAGAAAUAUUGUCAUAUGAUUACACAGAUAUUGCUUUUUCACCUUAUGGAAAUUAUUGGAGACAACUACGAAAAAUAUGCACAAUGGAGCUUUUCACACAAAAGCGUGUUAGUUCGUUUCAACCAAUAAGAGAAGAAGAGCUUAACAAUCUCGUAAAAAAGAUUGAUUCGCAACAAGGGUCGCCCGUCAAUAUAACUCAGCUUGUAGUUUCAUCAACAUUUUCUAUCAUUACAAAGGCUGCGUUUGGCAGCAAAGGCAAAGGCAGAGAAGAGUUUGGAUCUAUUGGAGAUGGAGAAUCAAUUGCAGGAGGUUUUGACAUAGCUGAAUUAUUUCCUUCAGCGAAAUGGCUUCAACGUGUUUCCGGUUUGAGGCCUAAACUGGAGAGGUUGCAUAGGCAAAUUGAUCAAAUACUAGAAAACAUUGUCACUGAACAUAAAGAAGCAAAGUCAAAAGCAAAUGAAAGUCAAGGUGGAGAAGAAGAAGAUCUGGUAGACGUUCUUCUAAAAUUCCAAGGUGGUAAUGACAGCAACCAAGAUAUAUGUUUAACUGAUAACAAUAUCAAGUCUAUAAUCCUGAAUAUCGUUGGUGCUGGAGGUGAUACAUCAGCUUCUACUAUAGUUUGGGCAAUGUCAGAGUUGGUAAGGGAUAAAAGAGUGAUGAAGAAAGCACAAGAUGAGGUAAGAGAUAUAUUCAACAUGAAAGGAAAUGUUGAAGAAAAUUGUAUAAAUGAACUCACUUAUUUAAAGUCAGUUGUGAAAGAGACCUUAAGGUUACAUCCUCCAGGUCCUCUUUUACUUCCAAGAGAAUGUGGACAAGCAUGUGAGAUUGAUGGGUAUCGUAUACCAAUCAAAAGCAAGGUGAUAGUCAAUGCAUGGGCGAUUGGAAGAGAUCCAAAGUACUGGACUGAACCAGAGAAGUUUUAUCCGGAGAGAUUCAUCGGUAGCUCUAUUGACUACAAAGGGAAUAAUUUUGAGUACAUUCCCUUUGGUGCUGGAAGAAGAAUAUGUCCAGGUAGCACAUUUGGUUUGAUAAAUGUUGAGUUGGCACUUGCAUUGAUGUUGUAUCACUUUGAUUGGAAGCUUCCCAAUGGAAUGAAAGGUGAGGACUUAGACAUGACUGAGCAAUUUGGAGCGACCGUCAAAAGAAAAGAUGACUUGUAUUUGAUACCUACAGCUCCUCUUCCUUCUGUGGCAAGAUAAAACCAUACAUACAAGCAAAGGCUAUAAGUAUUACCUUGAAUUUGUUGUUCCAUAUUUACUUUGGAAAUAAAGAUUUGUUCAUCUUUGCUGAUUUUGUAGAGCUUAGUGCUUUCUAAAUUCUAAUGUGUCCGGUAUCGGUGGCAACUGUAUUAGGAGCCAACAUAUGUUGACAAAGUAAAUUUAGUUUUCAAUAAACUGCAUGAAGCAUUUGUGAAUUUA